AUGAUAGGCACUGUCGGGCGUAUCGUAUCGUAUCACACGAGUAGUGUUGUGAAUGGCAACAGAGGGAGUGCUGUAACAGCGAAUCCAAGCCAAGACACUGAAGACAAUACAAUGAGUCACCAAAGACUCGUGUCGUCGGAGUUCUACUCUUCAGACAAACCUCCGGCACCACCGGUUAGGUUGGCGUCCGCUCGUGAGCUCACAGUUCCCGUCGAUAUGAGACCUCUUCCUCGAGAGCCCGAUAGAGAGGAUGAGAAGAGGAAAGCAAAGUCUAAGACCACAAAGAAUGUGAAGAACUCUUCGCGCGGUUCCGAGAAGCCAUAUAAGUUUUAUACAGUAGUCUAUCAUGCAAUGACGUUAUAUAUGAGUGGUACCGCGAAUGGUGGAAUAGGUGAUGGUGAUGGUGGUGGUGGUGGUGAACACAGCACCAGUAGGUCACAGUCAAGCCAACACACCAAACAAGAGGUGAUAAGUGUCUGCAAUGCCAUCAAAUGUAACGAAAGCAUUGAUGUGAAACGAAAUGUUGGCAAAAAUCAAAGUCUUAAUGAUAUCCUAGUCAUGGAUUUGGUGUCCGACAAGACAGUGGAAGAGAUUACCGACAUUUGGAAGAGUUAUCAUAAGAACAGAGACUGUAUUUAUGGUGUAAUCCGUGGCGAUACCUAUGACCGCAUGUUCGACAUGUCCUCCAAAUACAAGACAUUCAUAUUUGCGAUCCCAAAGACACGACUUGAAAAUGAUGGCCAACUCUACGCGCAAAACGAUUCAAAUGGUUACGAGUUUAUGUUGAGUCGCUUUGAAGGACACAACUGCUUCUUCACACCAUUGAGUGCUUACCAUAGGUUGGGUGAGACGGCACCGUACGACACAAACGUCUUGAAUGUGUUUGAAGCCCAGUGUUUGGCCAAUCAGUUGCACUGGUAUUAUAGCGCCGACCAUAAUGUCAGACAAUCUAUUCUUUUACAUCAAUUCAAUUGCGAACCAAAUGUUUUCGAUCACAUGAAUGUCAUUCACGAACUCCAACAGAUGUUGACUGUCGGUUCCAGUGAUUCCAGUCAUCUUAGCAAUGAGUGA